AUAGCCUCGUACCUAUGACCUCGCAAACUGGCUCGUGGUUAGGCCUAAAGAACGAAUUUUGGUUGUCUCCUGUGCGAAAUUAUUUGUUUUUAAAGAUGUCUCUUUCAGAUGACGAUGAUGAUCUUCCGCUUCCGAAGAAGCAGAGAAUUUAUUAUGGAAGCUUGGAAGAGAAAGUGAAAAAUAUUGUUGAUGGAGGUGACAGUGCACCAAAGGCCAUAGAGAGAACUGAAGGCGAAAAUGAUGAAAGUGGCUCCGAGAAAGGAAUCAGCGAUGACAAUGAUGAUGAUGGGGAUGAUGCCAUUACACGAGCCAUCAAAGCGGGAAACAUCAACAUUUCUGAGGGGGAAACUAUGGUGAUGAAUGUUGAAGAACAAAGUGAAAGACAUAUGGAACUGUUAGCAGAAUUUGAAAAACGAAAGCGAGCACGAGCAAUUGCUGUUCCAACUGAUGACGCUAUGGUAAAAGCAAGACUUAGAGAGCUUGGUCAUCCUAUUUGUUUGUUUGGUGAAGGACCAUCAGAAAGGAGAGAUAGGCUGAGAGAGCUUCUUGUCGGAAUAGAGGACUUACUUUCGGGUAUCACAGAUGAACUUGAAGAGAAAGAAAAAGUGGCUGAGAGUGCCCAAGAGGUUUGGUAUCAUGAAGGAUCUGAUGCUCUGAAAAAGGCAAGGCAAUGGAUAGCUGAAUACUCACUUCCAAGAGCAAAAGAGCGUCUGAGAAAAGCCAAAAUGCAGACUACAAAGACAGAAUCUGAGAAAGCAGCAAAGGAACAGGAAAUAAGGAAAAAAACUUCGGCGUUGACAAACUUCUGCAGUCAAAUUGGAGACGACAGACCACUUUCGUUUGGCAAGUUUUCCCCAAAUGGAGAAAUGCUAGCUACCUCAUCGUGGAGUGGCUUAUGUAAACUGUGGUCAGUACCGGAUGGAAAACUCAUUAGAACUCUGAGAGGCCACAACGAGAGAGUGGGUGCUAUUAUAUUCCACCCAAGAGCCACGCUGGAUCUUGAUACAUCAGCACCCUGUAUGGUCUCUUGCGGUAGUGACGGCAGUGUUUUGCUUUGGAAUCUUGAAAGUGAUACGCCAAUAGCAAACAUUGAAGGACACGAGGAAAGGGUAUCUCGAGUUGCGUUUCAUCCAAGUGGCCGUUUCCUCGGUACCGCUUGUUUUGAUAGAUCUUGGCGACUUUGGGACUUAGAACAACAAAAAGAAAUACUUCACCAGGAAGGACAUUCAAGAGAAUGCUUCGAUAUUAAAUUUCAAGUCGAUGGUUCCUUGGCUGCAUCAUGUGGAUUCGAUGCACGUGGUAUGCUAUGGGACCUCAGGACUGGUCGAUGUAUCCUUGGUUUAGAUGGCCAUCUGAAAAAGGUGCUUUCCAUUGAUUUCUCUCCCAAUGGGUACCAGCUAGUUAGCGGGAGUGAAGACCAAAAAGCAAUGGUAUGGGACUUACGACAGCAAAAGACAAUCUACACUAUUCCGGCCCAUACUAAUUUGGUAUCGCAUGUCCUGUUCAACGAUACGUUCAUAGCUACGUGUUCCUACGACAAUAGUGCAAAGAUCUGGUCUCACCCCGGGUGGACACCACUUCGGACGCUGUUAGGGCACGAGCAAAAAGUAACUUCGGUUGAUGCCUCGCCAGAUGGCAAAUAUUUGGCCACUACUUCAUUUGAUCGAACCUUCAAACUUUGGGCAGCUGAUUAUCUUGUGUGAUAUGUAUAUCGUUGUCCGUCCAUCUUUGCAAGACUUGUCAACUGACCAGAGCUCAAUUUAAAAUAGCUCUUAGGAACUCUCCAAAUAUCUUGAAUGGAUAAAUCCGUAUUUUGAAACGUUUGAGUUUAAAAAUAGAGCAAAUUUGGGUUUAGAAAAGUCAUUGUCUUUAAUUAGAAAAGAGACCAAUUUUCAAAGCUGGUUUUAAUGCAAGGAAUAACUCUCUGCUUUCACUAUCUGAUGUUGGGUAUGUGUUUGGUGAAGGUUAUCAUUUUUCUUUACUCUUACGACUAAGGUAUUACGAUUUACGACUAUUUACGAGUAGAGCUCUUACGACUUACGACUAAUGUUUAAAGAUCGAAGCCACCGGCAGUAGUAGCAUUGAUGUGCCCAGUUUGAGAUACUUUUCACAGAAAAGAAGUAGCAAAGGAGCUGCAGUUUUUUAUGUAUGCUUUGAGUUGAAUCGAAUUUUUUAAAAGACUGUUGAUCCUCUUCCAAGAUUCACUAAAUAUGGCCUAAAGCAUUCGGUUGCUUUUCGGUCACCAUCUAUUCUAGUUUUCAUAUCUUUCGGAUUUUUUAAAAGAAUAAUAAAGAAUAGAAACGUAUUAGAAAUAACUCACUCGAAUUCGCAGAAAUGUAUUUUGUUUGUUGUCCCCUUGCUAACAAAAUUGAUGAAAAUAACAUUUUACUCCAGGGCUCCACGCAUGUUCCUCCAGGCGUAUGACUCCAAUGAUUUAGCAAAUGUCAUACAAGCCUAUUGAAUGCAAGUUUUAAGGUUUGAAUUUUGUAACAAUUGGUCAGCUACAGCCCAUUUUUUAGAUAAAAUCUAUUUCCUAGUAGCCGCUGUUUAAACAUCAAAAUUUCAGACCCUCAAUGCAAUGAUUAUCCAGUCUCAAAUGAUUUCUAAGGUCCACUUGCCUAAGCGUAUCCCAUUUCCCUAGUGUGGCAAAGUGGCGUCAUCAAGAAAAUCUGUUUCAUAAUUAUAGAUUUCUGACCCAAUGACCUGGAAGCAAACAGGACUCUACCUAUUCUAAAAUAUGCAAAAUCGAGUUGAAAGUGUUUAAAAUUGACUGAGAUAUUAGUUAAAGACAUCAGUUUUAAUAAUGGAUUAAUGUUCUUUUGGCCUGGUUCAUAAAUUUUGGAACCAGUGCCGAUUUACAGUGAUUGGAUGGGAAAAGGGCCUGUGCUCAUGUUACCAUAACUCGGUCCGCUUGAAACAUAUUCAACUGAUUUUGCACAUUUUAAAGUAUUUCAUGGCGUUCUUUCAGAAUAUGGAGUGAAGUCUAAAACUCUAAAAAUUUUUUUUUUUUAAUGACGUCACUUUGCCACUCUGCAAUACAAUGGAGUCUCUGGUCAGCUUGAAUUCUAAACAUUUUCGUGCCAUGAAUUAAUAUUCUAUACAUCUUGUCUUUUCUGG